AGUACUUUCUGAGAGAUUCGACGAGUGAGGGAGAGAGAAACCUUUGAUAACUUUUAAUUGUGUGUCUAGGAUAUCUGGAAGGUCGGGGGCUGGGGUUCCACUGACUGAGCAGGACUAGGGAGGCAUGGAGUCAAGGUCGCUUUGGACACAUUAAAUUGGACAUACUUUUUAGAUACUCAUGGAGCUUUUGGGGAGGCCACGGGUGGUAGGGCUGAAGUGCUUCACCAGACCCGGGCUGGACACAGAUGCCAGGAGCACACAGGUGGUGUGUCAAGUCUCAGGCAUCUGGGAGAACAGAGAGCAAGAAGAAACAGGGCGUUUAACGACAUGAGCUUUUCUGGAAAGAGACUAGAGCUGCUGAGGGUUUGGAUUGAAACUGUUUUAAAAGUGCUUCUGUUAUUAACAAGGUCUGUUGAGUAUUGUCUCCCCACCAGGCAUCAAGAGCCCAAAAGUGAGCAGACUGUGCAGUGCUUGACUGCCUGGGCUUCAGUCUCUUGAGCCAGGGCCAUAGGUACUAAAAUGCAGAUCCCUGGGCCUACCCAUGACCCUCGGAUACAGAGUGCUGGAGGCAUCUGUAUUUUCCAAGUUCCCUGAGUGAGUCUUUUUGCACAUUGAAGUUUGAGAAUCUUAUUUCCAGCGGCUGAGGAGUGUGUGUUUGGGGGGGGCGGGGUAGAGACAGAGAGAGAGAGAGUGAGAGGGCUAGGGGCAGGGAGAGAGGGAAAGAGAGCAAUUUCCUCUUUCUUUCCUUCUCUGAGGGUGGGGCUACUUUGGAGUUAGGAAAGCAGUCCGUUCUGUAAGCUCUGCUGUGUGUGUGUGUGUGUGUGUGUGGGUGAGUGCGCGCGCUUAUGUGUGGGGGGCGGGCACGGUGUCCCAGGAGGACAGAGUUUGCAUUGAUGAAAACCCUUCCCAGCCCUUUGAUACCUCUUUCCCGCCGCUCUGAAGUUAACUAGCUCAGUCCUCGGUGCAUCCCGUUCUCCAGCCGCGCUCCCUCACUGGCCAGGAUGGCAUUCCGUGUGGCCCUGCGCAUGGCACUGCUGCUCCUUUCCGGGGCCCUGGCCCCUGCAGUGCUCACAGCCGAGGGCCCGCAGGAGCCCGCGCCCACCCUGUGGAACGAGCCCGCCGAGCUGCCGUCGGGAGAGGGCCCCGUGGAGAGCACCAGCCCCGCCCGGGAGCCCGUGGCCACCGGCCCCCCGGCCCCCACCGCCGCGCCGAGCCCCGAGGACAGCACGGCGCGGGAGCGUCUGGACCAGGGCGGCGGCUCGCUGGGGCCCGGCGCCAUCGCGGCCAUCGUCAUCGCCGCCCUGCUGGCCACCUGCGUGGUGCUGGCGCUCGUGGUCGUCGCGCUGAGAAAGUUUUCCGCCUCCUGAAGCGAAUAAAGGGGCCGCGCCCCCACCGCGGCGCGACUCGGCUGCACCCCCGGUGGCGCCCCCGUGUCUCGAGUGUGUCCGCGCGUGCGUGUGUGGGCGAGCGGGGCGGGCGACAACUCGCAACACGUGCGCGCGGGGUCCCCGCACGGCAGCCCACGCCCCUGUCCCCGAAGUGCCCAGGGCCCAACCCCUGCGCUCGGGCGCAGACUAACGAGCGCAGGAGAGGCGGGCCGAGCCGUGGGGGCUCCCAACGAACGAGAGCCUGCGUUAUUUACGGGGAGGGGGGUUAGGGGGGCGGCGGCGUCUUUGACUUGGUCAGCCAGGCCCCAUCUGCCGGCUGGGAGCGCCAGACCCGUCCCUCCAGCGCCCCCGUGAACCCCUCCACCCCAGGGAGCCCCAGGAGCAAUGGGACCACAGGCCCAGGCAGCCUCCCUUCAACCCCGCGUUUGGCCCUGGCUCUCCUUUCUAGGUCAUGUCCUUUGUUUUGCACACUUCCCGGGAAGCCUAGCUCUUAUGAUUGAUAGAUUUAAAAUAGUGGCUGAGCUGCUCAGGGCAUGGCAGGGAAGAAGCCUGAACUGCAUCCCUUUGGAGUGGAAAAGAAGACUGGAGGCCUGGAGGAGGGACUGUCUGCACACCCCGUGAUGGUUUGAUACCCUGGGCCUAGGUGUGGGUGCUGGUGGAGGGAAGCUGUUCCUCUUCUUUCACUGUUUCUAGCAACUCUUUUGGCCUCCUUAGCUUCCCUGAGCUCCUGACCACUCCUGCUCCAGCUAAGACCAGUUCUCUCCUCCUGCAUACUCCAGAUGAGCCCAAAACACACGAGGGUUACAAGUCUCCACUUAGGAAGGGCUGUUCUAAAACUGACCAGUUCUCAUGAAGCUGUUUAAAUUACUUCAUUCCACAUAAUCUCUGCUAACCAAAGCCCUAGUUAGAGCAGAUGAUCCAAAUCAGCAUGCUGUUUACCAGCUUCAAAAAGAUAAACUGGACAAGGGCCAGGACCAAUGGUCACCCCCUCCCCUUUGUCCCAGAGUCGUUCCCCCCCCCGGCCCCCAAGAACAGCAUAGGGCUCAGGAAUGGCCCCUCUCCCCCUGCCCCCACUGCUGGGGGACUUAAGUAUGGGUACUCCUCCUGGGGGCGUAGCAGAGAGGCCCCACGAGCAUCAGCCCCUCACUGUCGAGCCAGAGUGUUGCGCAUGUAUGCAUCUUCCAGAAAUCCAACCAAUUCUCACAGGGUCUCAGGUCUCAAGAAUGCCAGGAGCCAUGUGGCCUGUGGGAAGAUGCUACAAAGUCCCACUUGAUCCAAAUCCUGGGCUUCUAACGAAAGGCCUGUUCUGGCAUGGAGAAAAGAGUGUCCUGGCAGAGUGUGGUCCCAAGCAUGCAAGGCUGGGCAGGGUCAGAUUCCAGACCCUCCACACUCCAGGACAGAAUCAAGGGUGGGGGUGGGGUAUCUGUGAGGGUUACCUGGGCUGGGCGAGGAGCUGCAGUCUUCGGGUAACUUGCUAGCGCCAGAAGUGGGACAAAGUGUCCAAGGUAGGAAGGUGGGAAGGCAGCCCUGGCCCCAUGCCUGGUGUUAGAUCUCCUGUGGGAUCACCACCCACUGACAACCUCUGUUGCACUGUGGUCUCCCAAACCUGUGUUCUCACUUCCACUGCAGCAGAAGGAUGUCCCCAGCUCCCUCAAAGAGCAUCUUCUGUUUCUGGAAUCCUUCCACAAGUUGAGGUCCAAAUCUUCCACCCUGAGGUCCUAACUCUGGCUUUUUCCUGUCUU